GUGGAACUUAACUGGGACGAAGACCAGUUUCACAUCCUUCAACACCUCAUCAAUCCACGACGGCCUGGAAAGUGCCAUACUAAUAGGCAACAUGGUGGUGCUGAAUCUCGCCUAUACCGCUCCAGUCAAUCCUUUGGGCACAGCGCCAACCCUGACGCAGGAUCAAGUCUGGGCUGGACUGAAGCUCAAGGCGCUCCGCCCGCAGGAAUUCGUCCCCGCCAUCGCUACUUGCGAGAUUGUGUCUGAAGAGGCACAUGAAAGUGGCUACAAAGUGGUCCGAAAUGUCACUUUCCGCUCUGACUCCAAUAUGAAGGGCGACCAGGCUCCGGUGAAGGAAACAUGCUACCAUUAUGCGCCAAACCGCGUUGAAUUCCACCAAGAAGACGGCAGCAUCAUCUACAAUAUCAUUAGCAAAGGGCCCGAUGAUCAGCUAUUCCUGACGUAUUCCUUUGAGUGGCACCACCCUGGGGUCCCAGACGGGAGCGAAAAGGCGCACGAGUUAGAGGAAACACAUUGGAAGGUUGCUAAGAUGGCUGUGGAGAAAAGCAUCAUGACUCUUCGUCGUUUGGUUGCUGAUGGAGAGAUUCAGUGAACCAGAGUCUUUGAGAACUAUGUUGGAAUGAGAGGUUUGAUCUCAGAGCUUAUCACGUGGCAACAAGAGAAUUAUAUAACGGCUUGUGUCUAUAUUUCUAUAUACCUCGAAGAAAGUCCUGGUCUAUCUCUAAAUUUGAAUGACAGUACAUAUGUGCAGUAUAUACAAGACCAGUUUCAAUAUCCUAACCUAGUUCUUAUCGUCCAUGAUGUAGACAUCACGCUCAAGGGCACGAGUGUUGAGCACCUUGUAAGGGAUGUUCUUCAGGUCAGAAAUGCCGAUCUGGGCAGCAUCGUGAAUGAUCUCGUUCUUCAUGAGCUGAAUCAGCUUCGUGGGGCCCUCGACACCGUAGAC